AUGCUGCCCUGUGUGCUGCCCUGUGUGCUGCCCUGUGUGCUGCCCUGUGUGCUGCCCUGUGUGCUGCCCUGUGUGCUGCCCUCCCAUGCUGCCCUGUGUGCUGCCCUGUGUGCUGCCCUGUGUGCUGCCCUGUGUGCUGCCCUGUGUGCUGCCCUGUGUGGUGCCCGCUGUGCUGGUUCUGCUGUGAUGCAGGUGCAGGCGGUGCUGCUGCUGCUGGGAGGCAGGGAGGUGCCGCCAUCCAUGGCGGGCAGUGUUCCCCAGCACCACUUCAAGCAUGUGGGGGGGGGAGUGGGGGGCGACCUGCCGGUGCGGCUGAACCAGCCGCAGCGCCUGGCGUCGCUGAACCGCUUCCGGGAGAAGCGCAAGGAGCGCAACUUCGACAAGAAGAUCCGCUACAGCGUGCGCAAGGAGGUGGCUCAGAGGAUGUGUCGCAAGAAGGGCCAGUUCGCGUCGAACCGAGGGGGCGGUGCCUUCUUUGAGGAUGCGCCGCCCGACAUGGGGGAGAGCGCCGCCCACGACUGCCCCGAUGCCGCCCCUGAAGCCAUCUGCCAGCACUGUGGCACGGGGGAGAAGGCCACUCCCAUGAUGCGCCGCGGGCCGCAGGGGCCACGCACCCUCUGCAACGCAUGCGGGCUCAUGUGGGCCAACAAGGGUGUGCUACGGGAUCUAAGCAAGGGCCCGCCUGCCAUCCCCGUGCUCUCACAAAUGCCAUCCGGGCCAGCCGGGGUGCAGCCUGGAGCAGCAGGGGCGGCAGGGGGCGCAGCAGGCGCUGCAAUGGCCGCGAUGCAUGGCAUGGCAGCGGGCAUGGGGGCUGGAGUGGGGGCUGGUGCAGAGGCGGAGGCAGAGGCAGUGAAUGCUCUGCUCCGCUGCGAGCAUAAGGUGAAAACUGUGCCGGCACGUAGACCAUCCGCUUCUCCAACUUCACCCGUCACUGCCGCCCCUCACUGCCGCCCCUCACUGCCGCCCCUCACUGCCGCCCCUCACUGCCGCCCCUCACUGCCGCCCCUCACUGCCGCCCCUCACUGCCGCCCCUCACUGCCGCCCCUCACUGCCGCCCCUCACUGCCACCCCUCUCGCGUUGUCACUGCCCCUCCGCCCGCGCAGGGCCCUGCGAGUGCCGCUGCAGUGGCAGCAGAUGCCACGGAAGUGGGGUUCCCCGCCCAGCCCGCCUGCCCGCCCCCUCACCGUCGCCCUCUCGUGUGUGCCUCUGCCCCUCCUCUCCCCGCGCAGGGCCCUGCAAGCACGGCUGCUGUGGCAGCACACGCCACGGAAGUGGGGUUCCCCGCCCAGCCCGCCUGCCCGCCCCCUCACCGUCGCCCUCUCGUGUGUGCCUCUGCCCCUCCUCUCCCCGCGCAGGGCCCUGCAAGCACGGCUGCUGUGGCAGCACACGCCACGGAAGUGGGGUUCCCCGCCCAGCCCGCCUGCCCGCCCCCUCACCGUCGCCCUCUCGUGUGUGCCUCUGCCCCUCCUCUCCCCGCGCAGGGCCCUGCAAGCACGGCUGCUGUGGCAGCACACGCCACGGAAGUGGGGUUCCCCGCCCAGCCCGCCUGCCCGCCCCCUCACCGUCGCCCUCUCGUGUGUGCCUCUGCCCCUCCUCUCCCCGCGCAGGGCCCUGCAAGCACGGCUGCUGUGGCAGCACACGCCACGGAAGUGGGGUUCCCCGCCCAGCCCGCCUGCCCGCCCCCUCACCGUCGCCCUCUCGUGUGUGCCUCUGCCCCUCCUCUCCCCGCGCAGGGCCCUGCAAGCACGGCUGCUGUGGCAGCACACGCCACGGAAGUGGGGUUCCCCGCCCAGCCCGCCCGCCUGCCCCCGCACCACCUGCAGCACCUGCACCACCUGGGCUUGGGCGCUCAGCACGCGGGGGAGGAGAUGGCGCAGCAGCAGCAGCAGGAGGAGCAGGAGGAGCAGGAUGGCAAGGGCCAGGAGCAGGAGCAGGCGACACAUGAGCAGCAGUUGUCUGAACGGGAGCAGCAAGAUGGGGAUGAGGAGGGCGAGCAGGGAGGGGAGGGGCGGAUUGGGCAGGGAGGAGAGGAGAGGAGAGCGCUCACGUGCAAGGGGUUGUGA